AUGGGGAAUCAUCCUUCGGCUCAUCAGCCGCUCGAAAGAGCGACUAGUUAUAGCGGAAACGCUCUCAGGUUUUCGAAGAGAGAAAGAUCCUCGCCAGCUAACACUAACAGCAGACGAAUGGAUCGUCUAAGGAGAAGCUUUCGUGACAGUUUCAGAAGGAGGAAAGACACUCAUAUCCCGGAAUCUAGUAAACCACAUCAAUGGCAGGCGGAUGAAAGUGCUGUGCGUUCUGCAACGUGUGCCUUUCAUGUUAAGUACUUAGGAUGCGUGGAAGUAUUCGAAUCAAGGGGGAUGCAAGUUUGCGAGGAAGCACUCAAAGUAUUAAGGAAUUCGAGAAGAAGACCAGUAAGAGCAAUAUUACACGUAUCUGGAGACGGGUUAAGAGUCGUCGAAGACGAGACCAAGGGGUUGAUCGUUGACCAAACGAUUGAAAAAGUAUCUUUUUGCGCACCGGAUCGUAACCAUGACAAAGGGUUUAGUUAUAUUUGUCGCGAUGGUACUACGAGAAGGUGGAUGUGCCAUGGCUUUUUGGCGCUUAAGGAAUCGGGUGAAAGAUUAAGCCACGCAGUGGGCUGCGCAUUUGCGGCUUGCCUGGAACGGAAGCAACGCCGCGACAAGGAAUGCGGGGUCACGAUGACGUUUGACUCAAAGACGUCAACGUUUACGCGAAGCGGAAGUUUUCGACAGCCGAGUUUGACGGAAAAAUUACAAGAUAGCAGAGAACGAGCGGUUGAUGUCCCGUCAACACCGACGUCAGCAGUCGCUAAGCAGGUAUACAACCCGUUUGCGAUUGAGAGACCUCAUGCCACACCCUCGAUGCUCGAGAGACAGGGCUCUUUUCGCGGGUUCACUCAGCUGAACCAAGCCUCACCCUUCAAGAGGCAGCACAGUCUCAGGGUCAAUGAGCUUCCCAGCAAUUUGGAACGCACACGGAGUCACAGUCUUGAACCCACUGAUUUUUCCAGGCUUCCUACUAGCCUUGGUGGGACUUUGCCUCAUGGGAUCAUUGGGAUCAAGCCGCCUGUAAGUCCAAUACCAGAAGUACAACCAUCAACAGGAAGCGAGAUAUCAGCAAUGUGUCAUCAACUUUCGCAGGGUCUCUCGCUUUUGUCUAGCAACGAUGACUUUGGUCCUCCAUCUUUGUCCUCGCUGCACUCUGUCUCCAAAAAUCUAUUUGGCAAUACAAAUCAAGCUCAAGGAGUUACGAGCAGUAAUUCGCUAGAUGACAUGAAACUUUCAAACGGGCCCAGUAUUAACAACAAUAUCAACAAUAACAACAACAAUAACAACAUCAACAAUAUUAAUGAGGACGAGUCAAUGGAUGUAGCUAUUAACGACAUAACUUGGAACGAGACAUCGCAAAUUACCUUAACGAAUCAUCAACGAUUGACGCCGAUCCUCAACACCAGUUGCAACCUGAGCCCAGUUCUUGUCAAGACAUCUUCCCGCCCAGUGUCAUCGGCAGGUCCGACCGAGUCUGCCAUUGAUAGAUCCACUGAUACUUCCAUGACUAGUCAUCAGUCUUUUGGGAUUAAUAAUUCUUUGACUAGUUCUAUUGCCAGUGACAGAAUGGAGACGCAGUCAGUGAUAAGUACAAGCAGCGCAACAACAAGUGGAAUAUCAGAGUUACCACGACCGGAGCAGUGGCUGGGAACAGUAACAGGACUAGUAUCAGCAGCAUCCCAAUCCUCUGGUUCUGGAAUAAUUUCUACAGUUCCAUCAGUUCCAAAAGUUCCGAUUCCACCGCGUCGAGCACCGCUCCUUCACGCCAGAGCCCACUCGCUAGGAUCAUCAAUAAUGCCGAGCACAAUAUCGACCCGGUCUGGGAUAAUAACGACGGACCCUUUCGACGCGGGAUGGGCUGAAUUAGCAGCUCCGGAUCUUACCAAAUCUUCCGGAAGCACCGCUACCACAACAAAUCCCUUUAUUGUUCCCAAUCCAUCGCAGACCUUUCAGGUGCAAUUGUAG